AUGCCCAGUCCCAUAACUGCCUCUCCGGUAACACCGACUCAGUCGCAAUCCCAAGAUACCAACAAUAAUAAACCUCUAACGCCGACAGAGCGGACGCCGGGAAUCCGAAUGGUAUCGGCAGAAUCGGCGACUACUACCCGUGGUCCACCACCCAUACUCCAUGAUUCGACCACCUCCGAAAGUAACCAUUAA